UCUCCAGGCUCGUGCAUUUAGCAAUUACUGUUAUUAAUUUUUGCUCCAGUUUCUAUGCAGAUCACAAACGAUAUACAAACUCCAUUUAUCUUUGUGGAUUUCGUUUGGGUAAAUCUAGCACGAUUGGGUGAAUCCAUCUCCGAUGAGCCGUGUAGCCUGUACGAAAAACAGACACUGAACCACUGAAGUUUCUCGCAACUGUAGAAUGCUGGAAUACCGAGGCAGUGUAUUCGCGUGGAACGCCGUGAACGUCCUGGUUGACGGUCUCCUCCAGCACGGCAAGAUCGUCAACCUGGCGGAGGGCGGCCUCAUCAUCGAUUUUGAAUGCCAAACGCAGCGCUCGCAGUUCGUCGCGUACGGGCCCGUGUUCCGCUGUGAUGUCCCACCUUGCCACUGGCCUCCCCACGAGAACGUGCAGGUGCUAUUGCGGCAGCACCCGGACGCGCCCUGGAUUUGGUACCCGGGAAAGUCCUUCCCCUUGGAUAACUACUACUUUGUCGAAGCGGCAUUCGUGCAAGUGCAACUGCCGCACGGUACUGUCGAAGAAAUGGUCGGCUGGGAUCAAGUACGCUCAGCGCUGAGGUACCGGAGUUCUGAAGAUUUGCGGCGUGUGGAGCCCAACGACUUUGUCAUCCGCGCUUGUCCCUUGCCCGUCACCUACUGGUCGGAUGCGAACCCGCAGCUCGAGGAGAUCCUGAAAUCCGCAGUCAACCGACGCUACAGGGUACUGUGUACGGCCGUGCUCAGCCAGACCCUGUUGUAUCUCCAGGGCCAGUAUGGCACUGCGUUGACAUCUGAACAGCUGCAAGGCGAAUACGAUCUGGCCAAGCAAGAGCAGGCUACUGGCGGCUCAUUACCGGCGCAUCCGUUGACAGACUGUGAGCUGGACACAGCCAGUAAAAAGCGUGAGGUUGCCGAGGAGCUCCGCUGUCUCCCGUUGCCGACCGAACUGCUGCUAGAGGUCUUCCAGGCGCUGGACUCCAUCGGGCGGAUCCGCUGUCGGCGAGUCUGCCACGUGUGGAAUAGCAUUCUCAUCAACGCAGCCUUCUUUCCCGAUGUCCGCGUUUCUGGCCAAGCAGGUUAUUACGAGAAGGAUGGUUCCCGGAGCGGCGCCUACUGGAUGCUGGCCUGCUUACUCAAGUGUCUCACCAGCGCUAUCAAGAUGGCGCUGAUCAGCAGUCUGUACCGAAAAGGAUUCGCGCUCUUGGCGGCGCCAUUCAGGCGCGUGUUCAACGAAUCCCGGCAAAUUCCGGUGGUGGUGUGGCAUAAAUGCGAGCUGGACAAAGCAUAUGAAGGUGUCACGGACCUCAUUGGCCGUUUGGCUGACAGGAUGUGGAAGUGUUCCUGUGCGAGAAUGAUGUGGAGCAAUUGCUGCAUUGACUACGACGGGCGGGUCGUGACUGUGGCGCACCAUACGUUUACUAUCGGAUCGCGGGCUGAUGCUAAUGUGCAGAUGUGGAAUCUCUUUGAGUAUCUGCAGGCUGCCAAGAAGCCGUUUGAUGUGCAGGCCUUGUCAGGAUGGGUCGCAGACUGCUUGGCCCACCAGCGGCGCGAUGAGAUUGACAAAGUUGUAUGGCACAUGAACGAAUAUCAGAGCCCGGAUCCGCGUCCGACCACGCAGUACCGCGGGGUUAAGUGGACCGUGGCGAACAUUUCCGAUCUCGAUGUCAGCAAGCUGUCCAGGCUGACCACGGCGUUUUUGAGCGAGUUUAUUAAACCCGAUCGUGAGCAGGUUUAAUGCAAAAAUUCUGUCCCCCUAUCCAGAUCUUUUCGACCAAAGAGGCUCUUCAUAAUCCGGGAAGUGCAAUGAAACCACUUCGAUGGGAAUGGGCAAAUCAUGGACUGAGCUAUUCCGGGUUAGCGCGAUUUGCUAACUGCU